CUUUAAAAUAGUUUGAUAGUAACUUAUGACGUAUUUGAAAAUGCGAAUAACAUCGUCGUUUUAUCCACUUUUGUGCGCAAAUAUUAUUGUCACGGUAUUUUCCAUAGUGUGUGUACCGACAGAAUUAAAUUUUCCUGGAAUAAACAAAUGUACAAAAUUAUGUCCACAAGGAACAUUCAUCUAUGAUCAGAAAUGCGUAUCAACUUGCCCAUUUUUUUCUAAGAUAAUCAAAACAGAUUUAGCUAAUUUUUGCUAUUUUAAAAACGAGAUAUCCUGUCAUACAACACCUUGUAAUGACGAGUAUCCUCUUUGCUACAGAAUGAAUUGUCUUAAAACAUGUCCCGAGUUUACAGUUGAGUAUAAUCAAACCUGUUUAAUGGAAUGUCCAGUUGAUGUGCCAUUUGUAACAUUUUAUGAUUGUGAAGGAAUUUGUUCAAAUGGUAGAAAAGUAUGUUCAACUGCAUGUCCAACAACACACCCUUACAUUUUGCAAACAGAAUUUUUCUUGCGUUGCGUAAGAUACUGUCCAGAAUAUACUGAAGAAAUAUCAAAGAAUAAAAGUUGCAAUCUGAAUUGUCCAUCUUCAAAACCUCUUUUAUUUAACAAAACAUGCUGCAGUAGUUGUCCAGACGAAGCAUCUUUUCUGUUUUUGAAAAAUUCAAAAUAUAAUGAAAUAUAUACAUGUGAAGAAGAGUGCCCUAUUGACACAGUAGUUGAUUAUGACAGAUGUGUUAAUUUCUGUCCUAAAGGAAAACAUUUGUUUAAUAAUACAUGUAUUACCGAAUGUCCUUUAACCCAUAAAUACUUGUAUCCAAAAUCUUUCGUUAAAGCUGAUGAAAAAAAAUCCGAUCGGGCGGAGUUUUCAUGUGUUAACGUUUGUAAUACAAUUGACAAUACAAAGCAUAGUAACGAUCCCAGGUAUGUUGCAUUUGACAACUUAUGCAGAGAUAGAUGCCCACAAAUAGCUAAACAUGAAUUUAAUACAUCAUGUUUAAAAAAUUGCCCAAAUGAACACCCGUUUAUUGAACGAUCAAACAGAGGUGUUAAAUGUGUUGAUAAAUGCACACAUCUGCAUUUUAAUUGGACAUGCGUAUUCUAUUGUCCGGCGGAGGCAAAUCAUGUAUUCAACGACGUUUGUUUAAAUUCAUGUCCUUCGGAACAUUCAUUUAUGGAACUAAGUUACAGCAGCGUUAACUGUGUUAAUAGAUGCAAACAUUUAGAGUUUAACAAAACUUGUAUGCAGACUUGCCCGUUAAAUGGCAAAUUUGAAUUGGAUGGGUCUUGUUUAGCUGCAUGUCCAGCUGAUAAUCCUUUUAUAGAAUCAGAACACAUAUUAAGAUGUGUUCACAAGUGUAAACAGAAACAAUUGCUGUAUAAAAACACCUGCUAUAACAAUUGUCCGAAGAUGACAUACCAAUUCAAUGGAUCUUGUGUGGAUUCAUGUCCUCAUGAAUACCCAUUUAAGGAAAUUACGACGGAUAGUACUAGGUGCACACAAAACUGUGAACUAUUACAUUAUAAAGAUAAAUGUGUAUCUUCCUGUCCACCAAAUGCAAAAUUCAAGUAUAAUUCAACAUGUGUAAUCCAAUGUGAAAGUGGUCUCCCAUUAGAGUACGACGAACUUAUAAAGACAAAGGCGACCAUCUUUGCUUGGGACAGAAGAUAUAUCAUAAAGGAAAAACAUAGGUAUCACUGUGUUGGUUUAUGUCCAGACAGAACAUUACUUUACAACGACUCGAAAUGUGUUGUGUCAUGCCCUUUGGACAAAAACAAUGGAUUUAAUGGUAUCUGCCAUGAACGAUGCCCUGUUUCUCAUAUGUAUAAAAUUCCACAAGACAACAUUUUUACAUGUGUAAACAAUUGUUCAACACCAAUAACGUACAACUACACAUGCUUUACGAAAUGUCCAAAUGAAGCAAAGUUCGAGGUUAAUGGAUCAUGUGUGGCGACUUGUCCAAAAGAAAAACAAUUUAAGGAACUAAUUAGCCCUAACACAUACCGUUGUGUUGGUAGCUGUAGCAGACUUCAUUCAAACACUACAUGCGUAUCCGUUUGUCCAUCUGAAGCAAAAUUUCAAUACAAAUGGUCAUGUGUUCAGACCUGUGAAAAUGAUCUACCAUAUGCCUAUUAUAAUACCCAAAUGUACCCUCAUGAGUACAAAUGUGUAGAAACUUGUCCGUCGAAUACAUGGCUCUUCAAUGAAACUGAUUGUGUAUUUGUUUGUCCACAGACUGCUAGAUAUCACGAUGAUGAUUCAUGCGUGAGUGAAUGUAAAAAUAGUCGACCAUAUACAUACAUGAAGGAUUCAAAAUGGUAUUGUGAACAAAAGUGUCCCCGGAAUACAUUUUAUUUAAAUACGUCAUGUGUGGAAAAAUGUCCGUCGACCACAUUUAGUUUUGAUUCAAAAUGUAUGUCACUAUGUCCAGGUUCUCAUCCACUGAAUUUUACCAGAAACAAGAAAGGCUAUGGCAUUUAUGAAUGUGUACACGAAUGUUCCCACGAAAAGUUUAUGUAUAAUAAAACUUGCUUUGAUGUGUGUCCUGGAGGAAUGAAAGGUCAUUUAUAUUCAUGCAUUAAGAUAUGCCCUCAAUCCCAUCCAAUCACUGAUGUCCAAUCGCAAACAUGUGUUAGUGCAUGUACAAAAAAUACAGUUUUGGUUGAUAACCAGUCUUGUGAAGGUAUGUGUCCUGAUGGUUCAACAUACAUAGAAAAUCAAAGAUGUGUCAAACGUUGUAAAAGUUAUGAAGCAGUUAUUGAAUCAACAAUUCAGGGUAAAAAGUGCCAUGACAAAUGCCCUUCACACCUAUUUCUUGACGAUUUAAGUAAUAGUUGUGUAGAUAAAUGUUCGAAUGGGUUGAUAGUCGAUAACAUAUGCAAGCAUAUAGAAAAAUGUCCCUUCCAUAAAUUCAUAGAGCAUUCACUACUUGGAAGAAGAUGCACAAACAGAUGUUCAAAGAAUUUUUUUCUUGCUGGAUCUAACUGCGUGAAAGAAUGUCCUCGUGAAAAAGUUACAGCAGGUAAAGAAUGUUUAGAUACCUGCCCAUCCUCAUUACCGCUUAGAUACAACGAUUUUACCAAAUCCGAAAUUACGUGUUGUAAAGAGUGUCCAUCUCUUUUUGUGGCGAAAGGAACGCAAUGCAUUUGGAAUUUCGAAUGCGACAGUGGAUAUUUCAUAUUUCAGAAAAGCUGUAUAAAUGUGUGUCCACAAUGGACUGUUACAAGUGGCAAAACUUGCCACCCGUUAAUAACAUAUAUUACUAUAACAAUUUCCGGCGUGGUAUUGGCAGUCGUAGCUCUUGUUAUCCUGUAUGUUAUCAUAUUUUACAGAGGAUCAUCUUUCACAGACUGUAAAAAGCUUAUUUGCAGAUUUCAACGUAAAGCCGAGGUUUCAUCUACUGUUGAUACAGCGUUAACACUAAAAGAGUUAACUGGGACCACUGUAACAGAAGACACAGAAGCUGAGUGUAGAGUGUGAUUCAAAACCUAUACUUUUAUAAAAGGAAACUACUGCAAUGAACAAACCAUGUUGAGUGACUAAAGCGAUAAAAGAAACAAAGAAAGACUCUCACUUCCUUGUAGAUACAAUAUUAAUUGAGAAUGAAACUGAUAAUGUGCACGUUUCGAAGAGACAAAAACAAAACAAGAGAACAGAAACAGCCGAAGUCCAGCAAUUGGCCUUCAAAACAGCGAGAAAAUCCACCAUCCGGAGUCGGGAUUCAUCUGGGCUAUUAACAAAAAUGUGGGCUACUUCAGUGAAAAUGGACUUCAUAAUCAACUCAAAUCAUAUAAAUGAACCAAAAUUAAAAACGAUUUAAU